GCGUAGUGUUCCCGCACUCAUCGUCGACGCGCCUGCGUCACAGCACCGACCUACACGCGAUCGCGCGGGAGAUUCAAAUUUAGAAACUCCUUUUUUUAUUUUAAUUUUGACAUUCGAACUUUUGCUUUUGUGUUUGAGUCUUUAGUGGUGUUUGUGUUUCUAUUUUUUUAUUCGAGGACUAGGGGUGAUUUUGGGCAUGCUGCAUUAGAGAUGGGGCUCUGUAACUUAAGAUCUCUGCUAUUAGCAGUCAUCGUACUUAGUAAUUGUGUCAACUGGUCAGCUUCCAGGCACCACCACACACACAAUGUCCAUGGACAUCGAAGUAGACAUAGACGGCAGGGCGCGGGUUUGUUCCUGUCGUCAUCAUAUGUGAUUCCCGGCGGCGAAGGGUUCGGCGGGUGGGGGGAAUGGAGAGACGUAUCCCCCUGUUCGAGGACAUGCGGUGGAGGUGUCGCCAGUCAGAAACGAAUAUGUAUUCAAGUGACACCAGAUGGCCAGUCCAACUGCACAGGAGGUGACACAAAAUACUUUUCCUGCCAGACUCAAGACUGUCCCGAGGGUUCCAAAGACUUCCGCGCUGAGCAGUGCUCGGAAUAUGAUAACGUAGCUUUCAAAGGCAUUAGAUAUGAAUGGGUGCCUUAUACGCGUGGACCAAACCCUUGCGAACUAAACUGCAUGCCGCGCGGUGAACGGUUCUACUACAGACAGAAAAGUAAAGUCAUUGACGGUACCAGGUGCAAUGAAGAAUCGUUUGACGUUUGUGUCAAUGGUACUUGCCAGCCCGUGGGUUGUGACAUGAUGCUGGGCUCAUCUGCACGUGAGGACAAAUGUCGAGAAUGCCGUGGCAACGGCGCCAACUGCCACACCGUUAGCGGUCUUUUAGACACACAAGAUUUACGAAACGGAUACAACGAUAUACUGCUCAUUCCUCAGGGUGCAACGAGUAUUUAUAUUGCGGAAGUAAGACCAUCGAGCAAUUAUUUAGCAAUACGAGCAAAAAACAACACAUACUACCUAAAUGGAGACUAUCACAUCGAUUUCCCGCGGAGCAUCGUGAUAGCUGGUGCAACAUGGCACUACGAACGAAGCCAAGAUGGGCUACCCUCUCCUGACAAGUUACGUUGCCAAGGACCUACUAACGAACCACUGCUUCUUUCUCUCCUUCUUCAACAACCUAACGUGGGUGUGGAAUAUGAGUACAGCGUACCAUCUGCAAUGGCGCCACCACCGAACGCUCAGUACAACUGGGUGCACGAUGAGUUCACUCCAUGCAGUGUCUCGUGUGGUGGAGGAAUUCAAUAUCGCAACGUGACAUGCCGAUCUCGCGAAGAGUUGGAAGUGGUAGAUGAUCAAUUGUGCGAGACCAUAGUUAAACCGGCAGUUAACCAGACCUGUAAUACUAAUGCGUGUCCCGCGCGCUGGGUAUCCGGUCCCUGGAGUCCUUGUUCCAAGCACUGCGGUGAUGGCGGCACCAGGUCUAGACAGGUCCACUGCGAGAAGAUCAUCGCGAAUGGGUACCCAUCCAUAGUAGCGGACAAGGAGUGCUUCGAGUUACUUGGUCCAAAGCCGCCACUAUUUGAAAAAUGCAACCAAAACGCCUCCUGUCCAAUCUGGUUCACAGGACCAUGGAAACCUUGCGAUAAACUAUGCGGUGAAGGCAAACAGACUCGUCAAGUGGUAUGCUACCAGAAGACAGACGGUCGCGUAAUGGUGUUAAGUGACGAUCAAUGCUUAGACAAAAAGCCAGAUACUGAACAGACAUGUCUCAUUCAUCCCUGCGAUGGAGUCGACUGGGUGCUCUCCGAUUGGAGCGGAUGCGACAACUGCCUAUCAAAAGUGCGUACACGGACAGCAGUGUGCGCUAUGAAAGACUCGGUAAUAGUGAACGAUUCUUUAUGCGCAUAUCACAAGACUCCAGUAUUAGAGGAAGCCUGCGACAAAACCAAAUUGCCCGCGUGCGAGGUGCAGUGGUACGCUACGCAAUGGAGUAAAUGUUCAGCAGAAUGCGGUACAGGUAUACAAUCACGACGCGUCUUCUGUGGACUAUUCGAUGGCGCGUCUGUUUUGAAAGUAGAUGAUGAGCGUUGCAAUGGUACCACAAAAUAUAACGACACGAAAUCCUGCGAGGUGCCUAAAGACAUGUGCCCGUCGAAAUGGUUCGCUGGACCAUGGACGGAGUGCACCAAGGAGUGUGGCGGCGGUGAACAACACCGUCGCGUGAUGUGUUUACACGGAGAGGCAGCCGCCAACGACUGCGACAUAGAUACCGUUCUUGACUCCACGCAGUCAUGCAACUUGCACGCCUGCAACGAAGACGAGAUGCUGCCAGUCAAUCCGAACUCGACGCCGAUAAUGGAUGAAUAUUAUGACUACGAAGAUUGCGAUGAAGAAGAGGCAGAGUACCCCGAAGUUGGCGCCGCUGAGGACACCGGUAUCGAAGACAUGAUGUUCAGUGACAGUCCAAGCACUUCAGAGAUUGAAUCUGAAUUUAUAACUCAUACUGGAUCAGGUGAUGACACUCUAUUCACUGAAGGAUCCGGUUUCAGUAGCACCGAUGCCACACUUUCAACAGACGAGGACUGGUCUACAGCAGAGAGCGGAUCCACCGAUGAGACCAUUGACUCUAGUAUGGAGACUGAAACAAGUGACACGGGUUCAACAGAAAGUGACUCCACUACAGAAUCUACUCUAAUUGAGUCUUCUACAGUUUUUAAAUCAAGUACUGAACUUGAUGAUACCAAAGCCACUGAUGAAUCCACCACAUCGGCUGCCACAGAAUCUGAGAUGACAACGGAAUCGAACUCUACUGCAUCCGAUGAAACAACUAUAAGAAAAGAAACAGCCGCUUCUGUAUCUUCUGUUUCCACAUCAUUUGACUCAUCAGAAUCUUAUGAUUACACUGAGUCUGAUUAUACAGAUCUGUCAACUACAGAGUCAUCUACCGAUGAGACUGAGUCUACUGAGUCUGAAGGUUCUACAAACGAAGGUUCGUCCACUGAAUCAUCAGAUUCUACAAAGGAGAGUUCGUCGACCAAUGUAAACUCUUCAUCAAGCUCUACUGAAUCAGAAACUACUGAAGAAUCUAGUUCAACGGAAGAAACUGAAUCUACAGAAUCUGAAACAACUGAGUCGAAUAUUUCAACAGAAACUAGUAGUAGCACUGAAUCUGAAUCAACUCAGACUGAAGCAUCAGAAUUGACUGAAGAGACAACUGAAUUAACAACUGAGUCUAUUUCUACUGGCGAAUCAGGUUCAACCACAGAAUCAGGCUCAACCACAGAAUCAGGUUCAACCACAGAAUCAGGUUCAACCACAGAAUCAGGUUCUACCACAGAAUCAGGUUCAACCACAGAAUCUGGUUCUUCUACUGAAUCAAGCUCAACUGUUGAGUCUGGAUCAUCUACAGAAUCUAGUCCUAGUAGCGAAUAUUCAUCUACUGAAUCCGGGUCUUCUACGGAUUCUGGUUCAACUACAGAACCUGGUUCCACUACUGAGUCUGGUUCAACGACUGAGUCUGGCUCUACUGAGACUAGUGAAUCUUUGGGAAUAGAAAGUUCUACAAUGGAAUCUGUUGAGGCCAGUUCUACUACUGAGUCUGGUUCGACGGAAGUUUCCGCUGCAGAAACAACUGAAUCAGGCACAACAGAAGUAUCAAGCUCUUCUGAAUCCACUAAAGUAGAAUCUACAGAUGUCUCGGGUUCCACUGAAGAAACAGGUUCCACGUCUGAAAGCGUUACUGAGGAAUCUGUUUCGACAGAAUCUUCAGGAACAGAUGAGACUGCCGAGACAGGAUCUACGGUGACCGAAUCCAUAGCAACGGAAGAAUCCGGUGCUACAGAGGAAUCUGUAUUUACUGAGAGCACUUCAGAAACUUCUACAGAAACUGGCGAGGAAUCGACAGGCAGAACUCCAUGGGAUUGGGCGACCACAAUCGAAUUGGUAACUAAGAAACCGAAAUGCAAGCCCAGAAUCGCCAAGUGUAGUAAAAGCAAAUUCGGAUGCUGUCCCGACAAGAAGACUCCUGCGGCUGGACCGUUCGACGAAGGAUGUCCAAAUCCGAAGACUUGUGCCGAGACUAAAUUCGGUUGUUGUCCUGACGGAGUUUCACCUGCUGCCGGGCCAAAGGAAAAAGGCUGUCCCAUACCGCCGUGCGCCGACACAUUGUUCGGAUGCUGCAAAUCAGAUAACAAGACUGCUGCUGAGGGCAACGAUCAGGAAGGAUGUCCUCCACCCCCACCACUUUGUAAAUCCUCCAAAUACGGUUGCUGCAAUGAUAGCAAGACGCAAGCUACAGGACCAAAGAAACAGGGAUGCCCAGAAACAGCGCCACCAUCGCCUGGAGCCGAAGCGAAGAAUUGUAAGGAUUCAGAGUUCGGAUGUUGUUUCGAUAACAGCACAGCAUCGCCUGGACCCGACGGAGACGGCUGCCCCUGUAACGCCACUGAGUUCGGCUGCUGCCCUGAUGGCGUAUCUACUGCUGAAGGAGUCCAGAUGGAGGGUUGCGUGAUGUCUUGCAACUCAUCAGCGUACGGAUGUUGUCCGGACGGAGAAACUCCUGCACACGGUUACGAUUUCGAGGGCUGCUGUCUACUAUACGCUUUCGGCUGCUGUCCAGACAAUUUCAAGCCUGCAGAAGGACCGCAUCUGGAAGGAUGUGGUUGCCAACACGCUCACUACGGUUGCUGUCCAGACAAUGUCACCAUCGCUCGCGGACCUAACAACGACGGCUGUGGCUGUGAACAUUCACAACACGGGUGUUGUCCGGACAGACACACGGAAGCAACUGGACCGAACAACGAGGGCUGUGACUGCAGUACGUUCCAGUUCGGAUGUUGCGACGAUGGAGUCACCGCAGCUAAAGGGCCCGGCCGUCAGGGCUGCCUCUGUGAACAGACUGAGUUCGGUUGCUGCGGUGAUGGCGUCACACCUGCCACUGGACCAAACCACGCGGGCUGCGAUUGCGCCACCUCCAAAUAUGGCUGCUGCCCUGAUGGAGUCACGCCCGCUAGUGGCACCAAAUUCCUCGGCUGCACUGAUAAACCGGACAACAGACAAGCUGCGUGCAGUCUGUCUACGGACCGUGGCACAUGCACGAACUACUCUGUGUUAUGGUACUAUGAUAUGGAGUAUGGCGGCUGUUCUCGCUUCUGGUAUGGAGGCUGUGAGGGCAACGGUAACAGGUUCGCUUCCAAGGAGGAAUGCGAGGACGUCUGUGUGCAACCUUCACCGAAAGAUGCGUGCAACUUACCAAAGGUGAAGGGAGCAUGUGUAGGCUACCACCCACGUUGGUAUUACGAUUCUGAACGGGAGCAAUGUGGGCAGUUUAUAUUCGGAGGAUGUCUCGGCAACGCAAACAAUUUCGACACGAGAGAACUUUGCCAGGCUCAGUGUGAGCCCGCCAAGAGCGACAACCAAUGCGCCUUGCCGAUCGACAAUGGGCCAUGUGCGGGCAAUUUCCCUCGGUGGGGCUACAACAGUGAGUCACGUCAGUGCGAGCAGUUCACAUGGGGCGGGUGCGGUGGAAAUACAAACCGCUUCGGCUCUGAAGCCGCCUGUCUUCAUAGAUGUCAUCCACCCGGUGCACCGCAACUGAAAGAUAUUUGUACAUUACCUGCUCUGACUGGAGAGUGUGCAGAUUAUUCGGAGAAAUGGUACUAUGAUACUGCAAUCAAAAGAUGCCGUCAGUUCUACUAUGGUGGAUGUGGUGGCAAUGAGAAUAGAUUCUCAACUCAGCAGGAAUGCGAGAAUCAGUGUACCGAGAAAGUGGUCACCACUACGCCGCGACCCAGGCCAACGGUCACAGCUCCUGCUGCUAUGGAAAACAUUUGUACAUUACCCUCGAUGACCGGAGAGUGCGAUCAAUAUGUCGAGAAAUGGUUCUUCGAUUCCAGUAUAAACAGAUGUCGUCCGUUCUACUACGGCGGGUGCGGAGGCAACGGCAACCGAUUCGAGAAUGAACGUGAAUGUGAGGCCAGGUGCACCGCGCCUGCCCCCACCACUGCAACUCCACCGCCAUCUAGCACACAGGACAUCUGCUUUUUGGGUGUGGACCCGGGUCCAUGUACCAAUCUCGUGUCACGUUGGGCAUACGACUCCGAGCGUGGAGCUUGUGUGCCAUUCAGCUAUGGAGGAUGCGGUGGUAAUCAGAAUAAUUUCCCCGACGAAGACUACUGCCAGUACACGUGUGGAAACAUACAAGACAUCUGCCAGUUGCCGAUGCUACAAGGUCCGUGCGAUUCAUCUGUUAUGCAGUGGUUCUAUGACCCCUCAUCAGACUCUUGCAGUCAAUUCACGUAUGGCGGCUGCAAUGGCAACGGAAACAGGUUCGAUUCACGAGAGGCUUGCGAAAGUCGUUGCAGAACAGGCCCAGGCGCACCAGAUGUUCCUGCCGUUACCACAAAAGCCACAACUACUUUGGCGCCUCCAGCUGAAGGAUUAUACCCCGAAUGUCUAUCAUCACCUACAGCAGAUGAAGAGUGCGUGGAACAGGAAGCAGGGCCGGUCUGGUUCUUGGAUGUAAGUCAACACGCGUGUGUCGUACACGACAACGCACCCUCUGGACGGAUCUGUCGCCGGAGUGGAGUCUUCUAUAGCGAGGAGGCAUGUGAGAGAGUGUGCGGAGCAUUCAGAGAUAUAGAUGUAUGCUACUACCCCGUGGAUCCUGGCCCUUGCAGAGAGGCUGUGGGCAAGUUCUUCUUCAACCAGACGUCAGAUGCAUGCGAGCCGUUCACGUACGGUGGCUGCCAUGGUGGGCCCAAUCGGUUCUCCACUGAACAGGAGUGUCAGGACGUUUGCAAGGAUGAAAAGGAUCCAUGUAAGAGGAGAGCGAAACCGGUGAAUUGCGUAGACUACGAGGUGACGUGGUUCUUCGACGAAUCUCGUGAUGAAUGCUUCUCUUACGGCUCUUGCGACCACAGCGAUGCCAACAGGUUCACUAGCCGCGAGCAAUGCGAAGGUGAAUGUAAGCGAGCGCCGAUAGUUCCUGUCAUCACUACCAGUACACAUGCGCCGCCACAACCUGGACCGGUGGAUGAAGAAUGUCGCACUCCGACGGUAUUAGAUUCCUGCAACAGUACAGAAACUGCGUACUAUUACGAAUCGUCGCAUCAUGUCUGCCUUCCGGCCGCGCUGGGCGGCUGUGGACUUGCGCUCGCGCAUCAAUCCGAAGAGGCAUGUCUACGACGUUGCGGUGCCUUCCGUGGACUAGAUCCAUGUCGAUCGCCACUGGAUGUAGGCCUGGGCGGAGAAUCAAUUCCGAAGUUCUAUUGGAAGCAGAGCUCGGGCCGUUGUGAACAGUUCGUCUACAGUGGCUCCGGCGGUGGACCUAACCGUUUCUCGACCAUCGAAGAAUGCGAGCAAACGUGCGGACAUACGGGACCUGAUAUCGAAACCAAUGAAGUGCUGCCUGACUGCGAUCGGUUCAACGAAGAGUGCACCGUAAUUCGGUGCGAGUUUGGUGUACAACGCAGCCGUACUAGGGAUGGAUGCGAGAGAUGCUCGUGCGUGCAGGUAGAAGUGGACUGCGCCCCACUACAACAUGAGUGUGAAACACUCAAGUGUGCGUACGGAUUAGAACGCGCCACCGGACCCGACGGAUGCGAGAGGUGUACUUGUCUAAAGCAUCCUUGUGAGGACAAGCAGUGUCCGGCGAACGAGCGCUGUGUGGCGUCUGCCUACCGAGACCCUGUCACACAAGAUCUCUCCUACACAGCCGACUGUCAUUUAGUGACCAAGCCCGGCUUGUGUCCGUCUGAGGACACGACGGUGGAGGGUCAGUGCCGUCGCGAGUGUAACGACGACGCGGACUGUCGCGGCGUGGGCAAGUGUUGCGCGCGCGGCUGCAGCCAAUUAUGUCUGGCACCCACCAGUGAUAGAUCUCAGCCACCCACCACUACCUUCUCACCAGAGUUGCCCCAAGCGCCGCAAGCGAACCCUGUAACUGAACCGGAGGUGACGGCCACGGAAGGUGGCAAGGCGACGCUGCGCUGUCUCUUCCACGGAAACCCUCCGCCAAAGAUCACCUGGCGACGACGCGAGAUCACUAUUGACGGCAACGUUGGUCGCUACCGGUUAUUGUCGGACGGAGCCCUGGAAAUAGUGUCUUUAUAUCGCAAUGACUCUGGAGUGUACAUCUGCGUCGCCGAGAAUGUGCAUGGUGUCUCCAGACAGGAGAUCCGGCUGCAAGUAAACGAUCCGGUGGAGGCGCCGGUGGGCAUCACUGGCGACACGAACGCGGUGGUGACCGGCGAGCUCGGCCGCAGUCUGAACAUCAGAUGUCUCGCAUACGGAUACCCGCCGCCGUCGAUCUAUUGGUACCGGGGCAGGAAUAUGCUGCCGUAUAGCAGCCAGCAGUAUGAGGCUCGAGGGAACGUAUUGCAGAUAAGACGCUUGUCAGUGGAUACACUAGGCGAAUACGCGUGCCAGGCAUAUAACGGAGUGGGCAAGGCCGCACUUUGGACGGUACUUGUGCGUGCAUACGAGACGGACGAUGAUAGAGAGAACGAACACCUCGUACCUAGAGAACGACCGCCUACUCCGACACUAGCUCAAACCCAUGCCACAACAACACUAGCGCCUGAAAUCGACGUACCUGUGUACACUGUGCCAGUGAACACUUCUAUUCCUUUGGGCUCUAUAUCGGCGGCGGCCGGUGCGGAGCUGAGUAUACCUUGCGAGGUAGAAGGGUACCCGCUGCCCGAUGUUUACUGGAGCAAAGACGGCGCACGACUCUCUUCCACCGAUCGUAUACAACUUACUGAGGCUCGUUUAACUAUAUCCGGACUAACUAUUGAAGACAGCGGCGUGUACGGAUGCCACGCACGUAAUGCAUACAACUCUCAUUCCUCCACCAUACAAGUCAACGUGCAAGGUCUAUUCAUCCCAGUUCACUGCACGGAUAAUCCAUUCUUCGCGGACUGUCAGCUGAUAGUCCGAAGCAAGUUCUGUCACCACCAGUACUACUCUAAGUUCUGUUGCAAAUCGUGCGUCGAAGCUGGACAGUUGAAUCCUCUUGAAAUGGGAACACAAGCGGACGAAGCGUGGAAGAAAAAGAAAUAAUAACUCUAACCAAAACCAUACCGCCGAGGGUCGUUGACCGGAGUAACUUAAGAGGCCGAUUACCGUCUCUCUUAAAAAAUUAGCGAAAAACAGAUGAAAAACAGAUUGUCGGUCAGCAAAACCAAAGUGGGAAAAUUUCAUCAGUACGAUAAUACUACAAGUGCCAUAAACAAAAUAUUAGCAUAAUUUAUGUUAAAUGUUUAAAAAUUUUGAUGGAAUCAUGACCAUUUUUUUAUUCUAACAAACCUGAAUAUGUGGCAAAUAUACCAGUAGAUGUUACUGUAGAUUUUACUGUAAAUAAAUACAUUUAAUGUCACUAACAGUUCCAUCUGUGAUGGAUCAUAAAAUGUAUGAUUAUAAAUUAAGUUUAUAGUUCGGAGUAGUCAUGAAAGUUAUAGGAAGUAAAUUAUUUAUUUCUUAAGAUGUUUAGAUGCAAUGCUUAGGACGUCAAUGGUAAGAUAAGGUACAGUCAGAUAGACAAUUAUGAAGUCAUAAUAUUUUUUAUGGUUUUUAUAUUGUGACAUUGUAAAUAGUGAACAAUAAAAGCGUAUUAACAAAUUCAAACGAGUUUAGUCUUUAUUCGUCCCCCAAGAAUAUAGAUUCGAUUUUCAGAUAGUAUAUAGUUAGUAGAAUAAUGGGAAAGAAACCUGUUCUUUAUUCGUCCCCCAAGAAUAUAGAUUCGAUUUUCAGAUAGUAUAUAGUUAGUAGAAUAAUGGGAAAGAAACCUGUUAGUACGA